GCAAACUAGUCUAAAAUAUGAAAAUAAAACCAAAGGCAAUGAGAAAUCCAGUGUACACGAAUAGAGCUGACUCAUCACUGCAUUCAUGAUCCGUGUGAUCAUCACAAGGAGCUGUAUAAAACAUAGCAAACAUUUCACCCAAACACUAGUCGUUUAUAACAUCAUGUCCAACGAGAACUCUAUCACACAGUCAAGGAAUCUACCUUUUUCCAUAGAAAAUAUCCUUAGAGAAGACUUUCCACCAAAAUCGAGGUUGGCAUUUCCUCCAAAACAUUAUUAUUUGCCAGAAAAUCACAAGGAUGGUUGUCCUGCUGCACAUAAAGGGGUGACGUGGAUACCCUUAGCAAGAUUUCACCCUUAUUGGCCUUUAUAUUAUGGACAACUUAUGUGUCUACCAACAUAUCGGGCUAUACCAACAGAAUCGAAUACUCUAGACAGUGAAAAGAAAGAGGUCUUGGAGACAUGUUUGGACUGCAAUCCUAGAUCUAAGGAACACACUACGACAAGGAUUUCAGAGAGUCAAGAUGAAAACAUCGAGCAAGAAGAAGUUAAAAGUUGCGAUUCUGCAGACGAGAAUCCAAGUGAAGACAAGGAAUAUCAAUCAAGAAAGAGAAGAAGCAGAAGUCAAUUUACCCCGAUGCAACUGAAAUAUCUGGAAAAAUAUUAUUCAAAUCAUUCGUAUUUGAGCCGUGAUGAAAGAACUGUACUUGCUCAAGCACUGAACAUGACGGAACUUCAAAUUCGAAACUGGUUUCAAAAUAAACGUUACCAUAAAAAGAACAAAUUGAAAACAAAGUAAAAUGUAGUCAUGGAAGCGGGAGCAGUGUCAGUACUGAUCUAAACGAGAAAUCAUCAUUGAAAUAGGCUUGGAAAGAUAUAUGCGCAAAAGCUGGCGGGAAUUCCAAAUUCUGUGACGUAGUCAGUUCCCAGAAUUUACAAUUUUCCAGCCUUUUCAUAUGACCUGCAUGCUGUGCGAUAGUCAUGGUCACGUGGAUUUGUAUGUAAGGUUCUCUUACGGCUUGAAAAGUAAACAUGAUAUCACUUCACAA